GCGCGCGCCCGCGGAGGCGGGUUGGGGGUCGCGCGGGGCGGCAGCGGCGCGAGCGCGCAGCCCCCGCGCCUCUUCCCUCCGCGCUCCCCGCUCCAUCUGGAACCAGGACGCGGAUGUUACAUGAAGACCCUGUGUGGACAGUAAUGACCGCACGUUUCCGAUUGCCUGCUGGCAGAACCUACAAUGUACGAGCAUCUGAGCUGGCACGAGACAGGCAGCAUACGGAGGUGGUCUGCAACAUUUUUCUCCUGGAUAACACUGUACAAGCUUUCAGAGUUAAUAAACAUGAUCAGGGACAAGUUCUAUUGGACGUAGUCUUCAAGCAUCUCGAUUUGACAGAGAGAGAUUACUUUGGUUUACAGUUGGCUGACGAAUCUACUGAUAACCCUAGGUGGUUGGAUCCAAACAAACCUAUCAGGAAACAAUUAAAAAGAGGAUCUCCUCACAGUCUGAAUUUCAGAGUUAAAUUUUUUGUAAGUGACCCAAACAAACUCCAAGAAGAGUAUACAAGGUACCAGUACUUUUUGCAAAUUAAGCAGGACAUUCUUACUGGAAGAUUGCCCUGUCCUUAUAAUACUGCUGCUCUUCUGGCUUCCUAUGCUGUUCAAUCCGAGCUGGGAGACUACAACCAUUCAGAAAACUUGCCAGGCUACCUCUCAGAAUAUUCUUUCAUCCCUAGCCAGCCUCAAGACUUUGAAAAAGAAAUAGCAAAAUUACAUCAGCAGCACAUAGGGUUGUCUCCUGCAGAAGCAGAGUUCAAUUAUCUCAAUACAGCACGUACCUUAGAACUUUAUGGAGUUGAAUUGCACUAUGCAAGGGAUCAGAGUAACAAUGAAAUAAUGAUUGGAGUGAUGUCAGGUGGAAUACUAAUUUUUAAGAACAGAGUACGAAUUAACACCUUUCAGUGGUUGAAGAUUGUAAAAAUUUCUUUUAAGUGCAAACAGUUUUUUAUUCAACUUAGGAAAGAAUUGCACGAAUCUAGAGAAACGUUACUGGGAUUCAAUAUGGUGAAUUAUCGAGCGUGUAAGAAUUUGUGGAAAGCUUGUGUUGAGCAUCACACGUUCUUCCGUUUGGACAGACCACUCCCCCCUCAGAAGAACUUUUUUGCACAUUAUUUCACUUUGGGUUCCAAGUUCCGGUACUGUGGGAGAACAGAGGUCCAAUCUGUGCAGUAUGGUAAAGAAAGAGCAAAUAAAGACCGGGUAUUUGCAAGAUCUCCCAGUAAACCCUUGGCACGGAAAGURAUGAGUGGGAUGGAUUGGGAAGUUGUGAGUAGGAACUCACUGUCUGAUGAUAGGUUGGAAACACAGAGCCUCCCGUCACGGUCUCCACCUGGAACCCCGAAUCAUCGCAACUCUGCCUUCRCUCAAGAAGGAGCCCGGUUACGACCCUCAUCAGUUGGACAUUUAGUGGAUCAUGUGGUUCACACCUCCCCGAGUGAAGUAUUUGUUAAUCACAGAUCUCCAUCUUCCACCCAGGCCAACAGCAUCAUACUGGAAUCAUCCCCAUCUCAAGAGACUCCUAUGGAUGGGCAGCCUCCAGCAUUACCGCCCAAACAAUUUAAAAAGAACAGUUGGAACCAAAUUCAUCAUUCACACUCGCAGCAAGAACUGGAUAACCAUAUUAAUGAAACAUUYGAUGUUCCUGCAUCACCUGAAAAAUCCACUCCCAAUGGUGGUGUCCCCCAUGACAAUCUUGUUAUGAUCAGAAUGAAACCAGAUGAAAAYGGAAGGUUUGGCUUCAAUGUAAAGGGUGGAUAUGAUCAGAAGAUGCCGGUAAUAGUGUCCAGGGUAGCUCCAGGAACACCUGCUGAUCUCUGUGUCCCGCGUUUGAAUGAAGGGGACCAGGUUGUACUGAUUAAUGGCAGGGAUAUUGCAGAGCAUACCCACGACCAAGUUGUAAUGUUUAUUAAAGCUAGCUGUGAGAGACACUCAGGGGAACUUGUGCUCCUCGUUCGACCCAAUGCUGUCUAUGAUGUUGUGGAAGAGAAGCUGGAGAGCGAGCCUGAUUUUCAGUACAUCCCUGAGAAAUCUCCACUUGAUGGUGUCCAUCAAGAUGAUAAUGCUCUGCGAGAAUCCAUGAUUCAGUUAGCAGAGGGGCUUAUCACUGGAACUGUCUUGGCUCAGUUUGAUCAAUUGUAUAGGAAAAAGCCUGGAAUGACAAUGUCUUGUGCCAGAUUACCUCAAAACAUUUCCAAAAAUAGAUACAGAGACAUUUCGCCUUAUGAUGCUACACGGGUUAUUUUAAAAAGUAAUGAAGAUUACAUCAAUGCAAAUUAUAUAAAUAUGGAAAUCCCUUCUUCCACAAUAAUAAACCAGUACAUUGCUUGUCAAGGUCCAUUACCGAACACUUGUCCUGAUUUUUGGCAGAUGACUUGGGAGCAAGGCUCAUCUAUGGUUGUAAUGUUAACAACUCAAGUUGAACGGGGCAGAGUUAAAUGCCAUCAGUACUGGCCAGAACCAUCAGGAAGCUCUUCAUAUGGGAAUUUCCAGAUUACCUGCCAUUCAGAAGAAGGAAAUCCUGCUUAUGUCUUUCGAGAAAUGACAUUGACUAAUCUGGAGAAAGAGGAAAGCCGCCAGCUAACCCAAAUCCAGUACAUAGCAUGGCCUGAUCAUGGGGUUCCUGAUGAUUCCAGUGAUUUCCURGAUUUUGUGUGUCUCGUGCGAAAGAAGAGGGCUGGUAGAGAAGAACCUGUUGUUGUUCACUGCAGUGCUGGGAUUGGACGGACAGGGGUUCUGAUCACGAUGGAGACAGCAAUGUGUCUCAUUGAGUGCAAUCAGCCUGUUUAUCCACUAGAUAUUGUAAGAACCAUGAGAGAUCAAAGAGCCAUGAUGAUCCAAACACCUAGUCAGUACAGAUUUGUAUGUGAAGCUAUUUUGAAGGUGUAUGAAGAAGGAUUUAUUAAACCUUUACAAACAUCACUGCAUCAGUAAAGAGCRAAACACCUAUGAUAUCAAUUGAGGAAUCCUGUCCUCUAUAAUGAACUGGCAGCAUUCUUCGUGCCAUAAUACUGCUUGCAGGAAAUGAUAGUGAAGUACAGCAAAGAAUUGACAAAGGACUUUGAAAACUUCAGCACUGUUGCACUUUACGUUGAAACAAAAUCAGUCUCUGAAACUCUUCUAACCUUCAUCUGUUUGAAGACUUUAUUUUCGUGAUUUGCUCCGAACAAACCAUAAACUGAAAGAACUAAUUGUGUUCAGGGUAAUCUACGAUAUUUCAUUGUAGUGCCAUAUACUGCGCUUCUGGUUGAAUUGCUACAAACAAGGCUUGGAAUUAUUUCACUCUGUUUUACACCCAUGUCUCUUAAAAARAAAAA